ACAAUGUCAACGGACUUUAUAAAAUCAGAAGAACUUAAACCUAAACUUCAGAGAGAUAACCCACAAUAUAUCACCGACAGAAUAUUUUUCAUCGAUGCUUCUAACCAGGACCUUACCACCAUCCCACUGGAAAUCUUUGCCUUAAAAGAGUUAGAAGAAGUACAUUUAGAAAAUAACAUGAUUGAAGAAAUCCCUGAGGACAUUCAGCUUUUACAGAAUCUCAAGAUCCUGUACUUGAACCAGAACAAACUGAAGAAGCUGUGCCCAGCUCUGGGGAAGCUGAGUGGCCUGGAAGGCCUGGACCUGAGUAACAAUCCCCUCAAGACGUGCUCCAUUCCCAUCAUCGGCCACAUCCGCAGCCUGCGUGAGCUCCGACUCUACAGGAUUAACCUGAGGGACUUUCCCCUUUCAAUCUGCAAAUCCCUUCACCAUCUUGAGCUGCUAGGCCUCUCAGGAAACUUCCUGAAAUCUCUGCCCAAGGAAAUAGAGAACCACACCAAGCUAAGGGAGAUCUACCUGGAUCAUAACCAGUUUGAGAUUUUCCCUGUGGAGCUCUGUGUACUCUACAACCUGGAGAUCCUUGACGUAGAAACAAACAAACUCAAUGGCAUCCCAGAAGAGAUUGGAAAUCUGAAGAUGCUGCAGAAGUUCUACCUGGCGCAUAACAACGUGGCUUUUAUACCCAGCACUCUCGGCCAGUGUAGAAAACUGUCAGUCCUGGAUUUGUCCCACAACCUCCUGCAUUUCAUCCCGCACACCCUCACUGAGCUCACGGAGAUGACCGAGAUUGGGCUGAAUGAGAACCCCCUGGAGAAGCUGCCCCACCUCAUCUGCAAGUGGCCCUUUCUGCAUCUGCUUUAUCUGCGCAACACAGGCCUGCAGGGCCUGCGGCCCUCCUUCAAGCGCCUGGUCCACCUGCGUUUUCUGGACCUCAGUCAGAACUAUCUGGAGAGCUUUCCACGGCAGAUUUGUGCACUGAAGAACUUGGAAAUCCUGGCGCUGGAUGAUAAUAAAAUAAACCAGUUACCUUCAGACAUUGGGUCACUUUCAAAUCUGAAGACACUUGGAUUAACGGGAAACCAGUUCUUUGCUUUUCCAGAGGAAGUCUUUUCUUUAAAGGCAUUGGAAAGACUAUACCUGGGGCAGGAUCUGGGAGUCAAGUUUACCAGUGUGCCAGAAGACAUUAGCCAACUGCAGAAUCUUAAAGAGAUUCACAUAGAGAACAAUCAGCUGGAGAACCUGCCUGAGUCCCUGGGUCUCCUGCCUAACCUGGAAAUCCUUGAUUGCCGCCACAAUUUACUUAAGCAGCUUCCAGAUGCCAUCUGUAAAGCAGGAGCCUUGAAUGAAUUACUUCUCGAGGACAACUUACUCACCUGUCUUCCAGAGAAUUUGGAUACGCUAGUGAAUCUAAAGAUUCUAACACUGUUGGAAAAUCCCAUGACAGAGCCGCCCAUAGAGGUGUGCACUCAAGGCAUUGAGGCAAUAUGGUCAUUCCUUAAGGAAAACCGAAAAAGGAAAAUAAUGGCGACAAAGAUCCAGGCAUGGUGGCGUGGAAUUAUGGUAAGAAAAGGAUUAGGAAAAUACGAAGAAUUACUAAAAGCUCGAAAGAAAGGAAAGACCUCUCCAAAGGAUAAAGGA